CAAUACGAGCACCCCGCAGCGGCAGUGCAUCGAACUACGCCACAGCAAAUGAUAACCGAUUCGUCCACGUGUCGAUCGAUGUUGCGGUGUUGCCCCUGUUGCAUCCAGGAUUGUGAAUGAUGCGCCAUUCACUCCAAACGAACGAAGUCAUCGUUUUAAACGGGACGCUCUGUAUCUUAAUAAGCUGCUAGGUUCUAUCUUAAUGCUUGAUGUUAAGCAUUGCUCGUGUAAGUCGUGCUAGUACCUGCUAGUACUUCCGCAAACACUUGAUCCUCUGUUGCACGCGUCUGGUAAAGGCACUGAAAUAGCGGCUAGAAAAAAAAAUUAAGAAAGAAGGGGUGGCCGUUUCGAGUUAAUACUAAGUGAAGGUGUCAACUCUUACUACACAGGAUCAAUUAGCAAUGUCUUAACAGUCCAUGCCAACGUACUUGCCUUAAAAGCUAAGGGUAAAUGAUAGGCAAUUUCUCUGUCACUACAAUACAGUAAAGAAAAUUAUCUUAGAUAUGUCACUGUGUGCUUAUAUGUAAUAUACUUCCUAGGACCAUUAUGCACUUUUGGCCACACUAAAGAGUCGUGGCAUGCAGUAUAGUUGCUUCAAAUCAGUGGUUGACAACGCAGGAACCAGUUUACAGACGACAAAUUUAAUAAAUUUAGAUUUCAUUGGCACAGUAGCCAUUGCCACUAUUGUGCACUAAGGUCCUUUUUUUAGAGAUACGGUCUACUGAAUGAUGCUGCAUGUAUAUAUGGCCAAACUUCAUGCACAAUGUCUAUUGCCUCUAGAAAUAUAAACCCAAAGAGAUGUGACUGAUGGUAAAAAGCUGGGAACUAGCUUGACAGGUACUGAUGGACUAGUUGGUAAUCCAUGAUUUGGUUAAACACUGCACUUAGGAAAACAUAUUUGCACAAACAUGAAUGACAACAUACACAGGCACUGUGCAUGUGUAUUCUGUUUACGUAUAUGGCACUGUGUAUGAGGACCAUACACAGGCACUGUCUAUACUCGGUGCCUGUGUCAGUGCCUGUGCAUGUCCUCUUCAUUCACGUUUGUGUAAACAUGUUUUUUCAAGUGGGCAGCUUAAACAAAUCCACAGACUAGUUAGCUAAUUUAUUCAGCCAGGGAACUGAGGACCAUAGCCCAUUUGUGACAAGCCAUCAUAGGUCAGCAGAAUAAGUGUGCACUAGAUCACCCACCAAUAUUUUUCCAAGACUAAUCAGCAUUCACUCGCAUUUAUACUCGCUUCCACUCACGUUACUGGCACUUAUAUUCACACUAAUGUUCAUAUUUGCAUUCGUUCACACUCAUUUUCGUACUUGCAUUCAAUCGCACUAAAAAUUACUCACUCGUGUUCAGACUCAUGCCCAGUCGCACUCACUGGCACUCACUUGCAUUCACACUCAUGGCCAGUCACUACCACCACCACUUAUUUGCUGUCAUGCUAGCACCCACUCACAGUCGCAGAUAUUCACUGUCAUUCAUACUCAUGUCUACUCACAGUAGCAGGUACUCAUUGAUGUUCGCACUCUAAUAUGCCCUCAUGUACUCACAAUCACUAGCACUUAUGCUCAUACUCACAUCUGCUCAUGCCCUUCAUCCCUUACUCAAACUGUGAAAUGAAUAUGGGUGAGUGUACUCAUGAAUGAGUACAUAUGCUGACCUAUGCAGGCCACUGACCAUGUGAGCAGAAAAGCAGAAUUUACUGUUUGGCCUGAUGCCUUUAAUUAAGGAGUUACAUACUGCCAAUGCUGCUCCAGCAGGUUAGAAAAUGAAUUCAGGUGGACAAUUGUUAUAAGCUUUAUAAGGCAUGAGGCCAACACAGGCACACAUAAAUGUGAGAAAUUACAGGCUAGUAAAAGUCACAAUACAAAUAAAAAUUGUUUGCUGUUUGAAGCCGAUGUCACAGAGACAUGAUUUGCCUUGGGCUGUAAAUUAUCAGCUCAUGUCGUCGAAUUGUAUAAUGCACAAAACUUCACCGAAGACUUGAAAAGCUCAAGUGCAACAAGGAAGCAGCUACAGUAAAGGUUAUGUGUAACAGCAGUGACAACCGGCCAAUCAAAAUUUAAGAUAUCUUCCACUGGCUCACCAGUAUAAUUGUGUCCUCAGAAUUACUGCUAUAAGUACGCUAAGCAUAUUUAGAGGCAUGUUGUGUACUCGCCCAUUUGAUCUCCCUUAUUAUUUGUACCUUUCUGUGCUGUAUAUCACCAUGACAAUGUUAACUAAUGGUAUAAAGAAUGAGAGAAAAACAGCAAACUUUUUUUCAUUAAUUGCUUGCUUUUCUGUGGGUGCGGUUUUAGAGCUGAAGCAACCUAACUAUGGUCAUGGAAGCAGCAUAUAUGUUGAAUAGUCCCCACUAAACUGCUGAACUUGAUAAUGCAACCUUAUUAGUUGACCAGUAUUUUAGGCACUAAGGACUUGUUUUAGGUGCCAAAUACAGGCACUUAAAGCCUAAUUUUAGGCACAAUAGGGGCUGAUGUAGGCACUACAAACUGUUCACAAACCAUGACCUGUUUUAUGGAUAAGAUGCACAUAACCAUUGUCAUGGUAAGAAACUGCCAUACCAUUCCCUUGUGAGGUCUGAAAGGCAGCAACUAUAUUGUGGAAGCCUUCGCUUCACAGGGCUUUGCUAGGCACCCGAGAGGCUGCUUUUUUGUCAGUCUUCAUACUGCAGGCAAGACACUUAAUACAUUUGUUCUGACAGCUAAAGGAAGAUAUUCUUGACCAUUUGAGCAAACACAGCAAGUCUUCCAUUCUAGCUCUAGACGUAAAGGGCGCCUUUGAUAACGUGAGCCAUGAAGCCAUUCUCAGUAACCUAGAAGAUAUCGGCUGUGGAGCCAAAACAUACGCCUACAUGAGCGCUUUCCUCACCAACCGUACGGCCACCGUGGGGAUUGCCAACCUCCGGAGCAAGACAUUUCACCUACCUAACAGGGAUGAUAUCACACUGUGGACGAGAGGCACGAGCACGGGCGAACAGGAGACCCGUCUUCAGGAGGCGGUCAACAUCAUCGAACGAUACCUCAACACCUGCGGCCUCCACUGUGCCCCGGAUAAAUCCGAGCUGUUAGUGCUCGGGGCACGCACCCGGGGCCGGCCCCCAAGCCACGACGCACCGGACCCACAAGUCCUCCUUCAGGGAGUCCCGAUACCGAAGGUCGAAUCACUUCGAAUUCUCGGAGUCCAUAUGCACAAGGACGGGUCCGGCUCCGCCACACUCCCUAGGCUACACAACACCGCGGCACAGCUUACUCAUCUGAUACGACGGGUGGCCAAUCGCCGCAAUGGCCUCAAAGAGCACGACACCUUGCAAAUGAUACAAGCCCUCCUUUACAGCCGCAUUACAUACGGAACUCCUUACCUCAACCUGAAGACAGCCGAGAAACAAAAGCUAAACCUUCUCAUACGAAAGGCCACGAAGCUCGCCCUAGGACUGCCGACAACCGCCUCCACUGACCGAUUGCUUCGCAUGGGAGUUCACAACUCCUGGGAAGAACUCGCGGGAGCGCACCUCAUCAACCAGAUCGAGAGACUCAAGCUAACAACCACAGACCGAGCAGUCCUCCGACGCACAGGAUACGUAACCAACCCAGAACACGAUGACGAAUGUAAGGAAAAGAUCACGUCGAAGCUCCGAGAAUGUCUACAAGUUCUUAACAUACCUCGAAACAUGCAUCCAGAACACCAUCGAGGCAGACGGCUCGCCAGGGUAAACGCCAUCAGACGCAAGCACCGUAACGACCGGCAGGCGCGCUACGUGGACGCAGCCAAGUAUCCGGGCCGAAAUGCCUUCGCCAUCAGCGUCACAGACCACAAGAGUACGACACUGGCGUUGGCGACCAUUCUCGCCAAAUGCGCCGACACAGCUGAGGAGGCCGCUAUAGCACUCGCCACCCAUACAAGUGAGCAUCCCAUAGUGGUCUUCACCGACUCUCAAGCAGCAACACGUAACUACAUGAAGGGCAGGAUCUCUAUAAAAGCGAUCAACAUACUGAAACGUGGCGACACUCCUCCCCCCUACACCUGCAUCAUGUGGGUUCCGGGACACGACGGACUCGAGGGGAAUGAAGUGGCACACGCCGCGGCCCGCGCAAGCGUCAACCGGGCCUCCCCGCACGAGAUUCCAGGCAUGUCCCACCCACCCAAAUCAGCGGAGGAAACAGAAACAAUAGCACUAACUUAUCAAGCACUACUGCAGCACUAUCGCCUUGGACGCAGGGUAUACCCUCCACCACAUCCAAAACUAACGAGAAACGAAGGCACUGACUACAGGCGACUCCAGAGCAAUACCUUUACCCAUGGAAGCUUACUGCAUCAUUUCCACCCGACGCUAUACAGCUACACCUGUCCACACUGCAACGUGCCAGACAGCCUGGCGCACCUCCUACUGCAAUGCAAGAAAACCCGAGAAACCAUCACAGCGGCACAACUAGCAGCCCCAGCAGACGCAGGCCAAAACCUCCUCGCUGAAACGUGGGAGGCUGCGAUCUCCAAGCCUGACCUGGUCGACCAGCGCGAACUCGUCGCCCGGGCCCGGAGGGCGAUCCAAGCCAGAGGGUUCCUGGAAUAAGGGACCCUCCCACCUCGACUGACUAGUCACUGCUUCAAAUAAAUGUUUAAUUCUCUCUC